AUGAUUAGAAUUGCUGCCCGUAAUGCCAAUAGAUCUACUGCUAUCCGUAGUAUUUCUACCACCUCCAUUAGGUUGAAUACCACUCAAAAGGUAGUUGUUACUCCUCCACCAGUUGCCACAGAAGGUGAACUCCCACCACCUCAACCUAAAGUGACUCCACCAAAGGCCACUCCACCACCUCCACCAAAGACAAAGAGAUUUUCAUUGUUUGGUUUCCUUCUCAAGACCACUUUGUUGGCAUCAGUCGUUUAUGGAGGUACUUUAUAUGCUGCCACUAAAAAUGAUAAAGUUAUGGAUUUUGUCGUUGAUAACCGCUUGCCAUACCAUGAAGAAUUACUAGAACUUAUUGAAACCGGUUCUAUCGAUGAUUUACAACAAGGUUUGGAUCAAUUGAAAAGCAAGUUUGGCAGUGUCAAGUUACCAUCAAAGGAAGAAAUUGAUGAACUUGCCCAGAAAUUGGAACACAAAGGUGAAGACAUCAUUAAGGAAACUAAGAAGAAAUUCACUGCUACUAGAACUGGUACCGAUUUGACUCCAAGUGAACAAUUACAAAAAGGUGUUGAAAUCGAAAGUGUUAAAAAAGAUGUCCCACAUUUACCAUUGAUUGAAUUGAAUUCCGAACUUGGAUCAUCUGUUGAUGAAACCGUCAAGCAAACUAUUGCUUCUUUCAACAACUUUAUUCAAACUAUCGAUGCCAGUACUCUUGCUUCUAAGAACGAUAAACUCAUUGCAUCUAUCAACUUCAGUAUUAGCCAAUUAGCUUCUAAAUUGAAUGGAUUAACUAAAUCUUUUGAUGAAGAAUUACAAAAGAAAUUGAAGGUCUCUCAAACCGAAUUGUUUUCUUCAUUUACCAAGAAAGAAUUAGAAUUGACUGAAAAUUUGUUGCACCAAUUCACCACUGAAAAGCAACAAUUGGAAGCUAAAUUGAAUGAAAAAUUAAACCAAGAAAUCCAAGCAUCUAGAACUGCCAUUUCACAAGCUGCUACCAAUGCUGUGUCAAUGGUUAGAAUCGAACAGACCAAAAAUUUUGAAAAAUUAGUUACUGAAAAAUUAAAUGAAGAAAGAAAUGGGAGAUUAGCCAACUUGGAUAAAUUGAAUGAUCGUCUUACUGAAUUGGAAAAGUUUGCUGAAGGUUUCGAAACUCAAAUUGUUUCCAACCACAAGAAAGCAUUGAUUCAACAAGCUGUUUCCAAACUCAAGUCUUUGUUGUUGGCUCCUGCUGCAAAUGAAAAGCCAAAAUCAAUUAAACCAUACGUUGAUGAAUUGAGUAAAAUUGCUGCAGAUGAUGAAGUCUUGAAAUUAGCCUUAAAAGAUUUGACCCCAUUGCUUUCGAACGAAUCCACCCAUUCUAUUUUGACCAACGCUCAAUUAUUGUCACGUUGGGAACAAUUGGCUCCUGAAUUGAGAUCUGCUUCUUUGUUACCACCAAACGCUGGUUUAUUAGGACACUUGGCAUCUAUUGUUUUCUCUAAACUUUUGUUACCAGUUAAAGGUGUUAAACAAGACGGUAAAGAUAUUGAGUCUGUUAUUGGAAGAGUUGAAUCAAGCUUGGCUAGAGGUGAAUUAGACGUUGCUGUUGAAGAAGCUGCCAACUUGAAAGGUUGGAGUAGGAAAUUGGCCAAUGAUUGGGUUGUUGAAGGAAGAAAGAGACUUGAAGUUGAAUUUUUACUUGGUUUGAUUGAAAGUGAAUCCAAGAUUAUUUGA